AUGAUCAAAGACAUUUGUAACGCAUUAUUAGAAUCAGACGUUAACAUCAAAUUGGUGGCCAAAUUAAGAGAUAAUAUUAAAGCCAAAGUCAAGACGCAGAUUAAUGAUGAAGAAAGUUCUACCAAUAAAAGGAAGAAGUUACAGAAGAUAGUGUUUGAUGAAUUAUGUUCGUUAGUGGAUUCCCAUGAAGAACCACCAAAACCAAAAAAAUUAUCCCAACAACAGCAAAAGUCCAAAACCCUAAGAGGCAAGAAGGCUACUAAGGUUACUGGUGAGUCGCAUGUUAUUAUGUUUGUUGGUUUACAAGGGGCUGGUAAAACCACAUCGUGUACAAAAUUAGCCGUAUACUACAAGAAGAGAGGUUAUAAGGUAGGGUUAGUAUGUGCCGAUACCUUCAGAGCUGGAGCAUUUGAUCAAUUGAAGCAAAAUGCUAUUAAAUCUUCUAUUCCAUACUAUGGGUCAUACAUAGAGACUGAUCCCGUAAAAGUUGCAUAUGAGGGUGUCGUCAAAUUCAAACAAGAAAAGUUCGAUAUAAUUAUCGUUGAUACUUCUGGUAGACAUAAGCAAGAGCAGUCAUUAUUCAAUGAAAUGAUCCAAAUUUCAGAAAUGAUUGUUCCUACCCAAACAAUUAUGGUUAUGGAUGGUUCUAUCGGUCAAGCUGCUGAAUCUCAAGCUAAAGCCUUCAAGGAAAGUUCGCAGUUUGGUUCCAUUAUUUUGACCAAGAUGGAUGGACAUGCUAGAGGUGGUGGUGCUAUCUCUGCAGUGGCAACAACAAAAACCCCAAUUGUUUUCAUAGGUACAGGUGAACAUGCUACCGACUUAGAGAUUUUUAAACCAACAUCUUUUAUUUCCAAAUUAUUAGGUAUUGGUGACAUUCAGUCAUUAAUCGAACAUGUUCAGUCCUUAAACUUGCAAGAUGACGAGUCUCAUAAAAAGACCAUUGAAAAUUUUAAAGAAGGUAAGUUUACUUUAAGAGACUUCCAAACCCAGAUGAAUAACUUCAUGAAAAUGGGACCCUUAACGAACAUUGCUUCCAUGAUUCCAGGUAUGUCGAACAUAAUGUCCCAAGUAGGCGAAGAAGAAACUAGUUCCAAGAUCAAAAAUAUGAUUUACAUAAUGGACUCGAUGACUACCAAAGAAUUAGACAGUGACGGGCGUAUCUUCACUCAACAACCAGAAAGAAUUAUCAGAGUAGCUAGAGGAGCAGGUUGUUCGGCAGUUGAGGUUGAAAUGGUCUUACAACAGCAAAGAAUGAUGAGUGCUAUGGCCGUUAACGCUAAAAAUAUGGGUGGACCUCAAAGUGCUCCAGGUGCUCCCGGUGCUCCCGGUGCUGGUGGAAACAAUAUGGCCAGAAUGAUGCAACAGGCUCAGCAAAAUCCAGGUUUCAUGCAACAAGCCAUGAGUAUGUUUGGUGGCGCUGGUGGUGCUGGUGGUGCUGGUGGCGCUGGAGGUAUGCCGGAUAUGUCAUCCAUGAUGAAUAAUCCUAACAUGAUACAACAGGCUCAACAAAUGAUGAGACAAAACCCUGGAAUGAUGCAACAAGCUCAACAAAUGAUGCAAAAUCCUGGAAUGAUGCAAAAAAUGAUGAGCCAAUUUGGUGGAAUGGGUGGUGGCAUGGGUAAUUGA